GCAAAACGACGUCAUUUUGGUUGUUGACUCCAAAAAAUAAAUAAACAGAGCUUCUCUUCUCUGUUAGAGCCGGUGACCUGGGGUUGCGAAGCGGCGCCGUGUUCGUAACAGUAGUUAUGGAAUCCAUGGAAGCUCCAUCAACAGCUUUUCAGUCUCCUUCUCGUUCCAGGUUCACCUUUAUCCCUUCCACUUAGUUUUUUGAGGUUAAUGAAUCUCAGAAACCCCUCUCUUUUUUUUUGUCCUCUUCUUCAUUUGGCAGUCAACAAUUAUUGCAUUUCUAACUAGCCGUGGACCGUCCCCAAUUCAAAAUGGAGACAGUGGUGGAGUUACUAGGAGUGCUAGGUCGUCGUCCAUGGCUUCCCAUUGUAGUCUGUUGCAGCUCUCGCGAUGAACUCGACGCCGUCUCCUCUUCCUUGUCCACUCUCCCUUACAUCUCCUUUGCUGCUUUGUACAGUGAUCUAGGAGAGAGAGAACGAGCUAUGAUUUUAGAGAAAUUCCGACAAGCGACAGUCAAGUGGAACCAGCAAAUUAACUCUGCAGUAGUAGAAGAAGGUUUGGAAGAGAGUCAAACCGGAAAAGAAGAAGAAGAAGAAAAGAAAUCUCAUUUGGUGGUUGUGACCGAUGUUUGUCUUCCCAUGCUUUCAUCUGGAGAGUCUUCUCUUUCCUCACGAGUUCUCAUCAACUACGAGCUUCCUACUAAGAAAGAAACUUAUACUAGGCGUCUAACAUCUUGCUUAGCUUCAGGUGGGAUUGUCAUAAACAUGGUUGUUGGAGGUGAAGUAACCACUCUCAAAAGCCUUGAAGAAACCAGCGGCAUUAUCAUAGCAGAGAUGCCUAUCAAUAUUUCUGAGAUCUUAUAACAUCUUAGCAGCAUGACUCCUACAAUCGGAAGAAUACCAUCUUAGCAGGGUUUAAUGGCUCUUAAGCUUCAAAUUAUAUAUGUUAUAUGACUUCUCUGUAGAUAUCAAUCGUUGUUUUAAGAGACAUAACUUGUCUCUCUACUGCACUUUUAGCUUUUGAGUUAAUCACUUUUGUAUUCUCUCCACUAGUGUAUAAAUGUAACCUCAAUAAGAAUCAUUCAAUUUUCACAU